AUGGCCUAUAUAUCAAUCGCCCUGGAACUAUAUGUAUUCGUUCCCUGACCUUCACCUCAGCUUCCUACUUGUCCUGUUCCCUUCCCUCUAUGACUGACGUCGAAAAGAUCCACGCCGACGUCCGUAGCGAUGUCGAGAUUGUCGAUCGUAGCUCCCACGGCCAUGAUAGCUUUCCCUCGCACGACGCAAAAUCUACUCACUCAGAAGUGUCCUCCGAGGAAAGCAUGCAGUCUUUUGCCUCUCAUGAAUAUCCCGACGGUGGUCUAAAAGCAUGCCUAACUAUGUUUGGCGCGUCUCUCGCGCUGUUCAGCACUUUUGGGCAAAUGAACGCGUUUGGGACGUUCCAAGCAUGGUACGCAGCUCAUCAGCUACAGCAUCUGCCGGCGUCGACCAUUUCUUGGAUUGGCUCUCUGCAGCUAUGGGUCUUCUUCUUUUCCGGAGGCCCCAUUGGCUUUAUGUUUGACUUGUAUGGGCCUCGGGUCUUGAUGGCGGCGGGCUCAUUGCUGUAUAUCCUGAGCCUAAUCUUGACGAGUAUAUCGACACAGUUUUACCAGUACAUCCUGGCGCAAGGCAUAUUAUUCGGUUUAGGUGUCGGUUUAUUGUUCUACCCGUCACUCGCAAGUGUUUCGACGUACUUCUGCAAAUACCGCGCUUCUGCACUAGGCAUCGCCGCAGCCGGGUCCAGUCUUGGUGGCGUCAUGUACCCCAUAAUGUUACAGCACCUUUUCGAACGCGUCGGAUUUGGCUGGGGAGUCCGCGUAUCUGCUCUCGUUAGCGGGUUCGGCUGUGGAGUUGCGCUGCUGACACUAACGGCUCUUACACCGGGGCAGAAGCGCGGAAGCUGCACGUUUGAGCUUUGCUCGACAUUCAAAGAUGGUCGUUUCAACCUUCUCAUGGUUGGAAGCAGUCUAGUUGCUCUAGGCCUUUUCAUACCGCUCUUCUACAUAGUGGACUACGCUCACGACCUUUCCAUAUCUCGUGACACUUCAUAUCUGGUGCUUGCUCUUAUGAACUUGGGCGGUGUCUUUGGUCGCAUAGCCCCCGCCGUUCUGUCCGACACCAUCGGGCGCUUCAACAUCCUUGCGCCUUCCGCAUUCUUGUCAGGUGUUCUCUGCCUGACACUUUGGAUCUUAGCACGUUCGCUUUCGUCAGUGAUCGCCUUCUCCAUUUUAUACGGGUUCUUCUCGGGGUCUUUCAUAUCUGUGAUAACGCCGUGCGUGGCGCAGAUAUCGGACGUUCGGGAGAUCGGGAAGAGGAUCGGGGUACUAUACAGUGUUAUUUCUUUUCCGUCUUUGAUAGGCGGCCCCACGGCAGGCGCUUUAUUAGCGCUAGAAAGGGGAUCAUACACCGGCAUGAUUAUCUUCUCCGGCGCAACGACGAUCGCUGGUUCCUGCUUCAUACUCGCUGCAAAACUCAUGAUUGAUUCACGGAUACUGGCCCGAGUGUAACCAACUAUGGACUGAAUUGGACACAAAUAAUUUAUCUCACCAUACUUAUCGCUUAUGUAUUUCUACGACCUUUACGAUACUUCUCACGCGCAUAUUACUGUUCCGCCUGGCGCGGAUCCCAGAAGGAUUUACACGCUAACAUACC